AUGCAGUCAGUAUUCCUCAUUUUUUCACUUGCACUUCCACUUGCGUCAUAUGAUUAUUCUCCUGUUUCUGGCUCUCACUCUUUAUGGAUAUUUGCAACACAAAUUAAAGGACAAACGCCAUUUCCUGAAUUGAGUUUUGUAGUGAUGCUAAAUGACAUCAGUGUUCUCUACUAUAAUGGCGAUACAGAUAGUUUUAUAGCAAGAGGAAACACAACAGCUGAAGAUGAUGUUUUUGAUCCAGACCUUCUCGAAAAUGUUAAACUGGAUAUAAAAUCAGAUUUUAUAUGUGCAUAUGCACAACAAAAGUUGACUAAAACUGAUGGUGUUUUUGCCAUUCAACUUCUGAUUAUGUGUGAGCGAAGGAAUGAUGGUGAACCAGGACAAAUGAUUGCACAAAAUGCUUUCGAAGGUUUCACUGUAAAUACGCUGCUAUAUGUUGACAAAAAUUUUACUUUCCAGACCAAAUUAAACAUCUCAACGGAAGAAAAAAAAACAAACUUUGAAAACCUCAAACACCGUCAUAAAACUCUAUACCAACCAUUCUGCUAUGAGACGCUCAAUGGUUACCUUGAAAAAAGGAAGAAUCAAGUCAAUAGAAAAGUGAAACCAGAAGUCAGACUCUUUCACAAGGCAAACUCAGACUCUGGAGGUUUUCAUGUGAGUUGUUUGGCGACAAGAUUUUACCCUCGUCACAUCAACCUGACCCUGUUGAGAGAUGGACAGCCUGUAUCUGAUCAUGAGGUCACUGGAGGAGUUCUGCUGCCCAAUGAAGACGGGACGUACCAGAUGAGGAAGAGUCUGGAGAUCAGAGACGAGGAGAUAGAAAAACACAAAUACACCUGCUCUGUUGAACACCUGGGCAUAGAAUGGCACAUUGAUUUGGCUGAACCUCACAGAAACCACAUAUGGAUUGCUGUUGCUGUUUCUGUCCUGUUGGUAUGUGCUAUAAUUGUUGCUUUGGCAAUGCUUAUUUGGAAGAGAUACCAAACAGCACGAGAGAGAGAAAGAGAAUACUGA